AUGUAUGAGCCAUCACCUUUCGUGCAAGUGUUUGUUCUUGGGACAACUGGAAAGGCAUCAAUCCCAACUUCUCUCACUAAGCAGGAGCAACAGGUGAACAAGUUGGAUAAACUGACCCAUCAACUUGAGAUGCUAACCAAUGAAAGGAAUGAACUCCAAGGAAUCCUGGCCAAUUACACGAACAAGGAUUUGAACAACAGGCUGAAUUUUGAACUGGAGAUGCUGAAUAUGGAGCAUCAAAAAGUGAUGUUGGAUCUGCAGAAAUUACCCAAGGAGAUUAAUGAGGCCUUGCAGAAGUGCAAGCAGCUUACUGAGGAAACUGUCUCCUGCAGGAUUCUCCACAGACAGCUCCUGAAUGAGUGGACUCAGCUGAAGGAAAAAGUAAGGGUGCUGAGAGAGGAGAACAGAAAACUUCGAAGGGAGCAGAUUUCACUACAAGAGUCCAGCGAGGAGAUGAAGAUGCUCUGUGGGGAGGCCCAUUAG